GCGGGCGCGACCAGUCCGCUCGCUAACUUUGGACCCGCGCGUGCAUCUCGCGAAAACGAAAGUGACACUUAACGAACUAUACAAUUUUCAGACUGUGAAUUUGAUCUGUGAUUGUGUGCCUGGAACAGUGAUCGGUAGCUCGCUGUGUUAUCCUGAAUCUGUUUCUUCGGACUCUUUCUGUAUUGAAAGCUCACCUGAAAAGGUUUUCUCCUCUACAAAGCACACACAAAUUUAUGCCACCGAGAAUUUUAUUUGCCGCUGACUGACUGGACCGCGAUUAUGAAGAGGACCAGGCUGUUGCUGCUGCUGGCGACGCUCCUCUUUAAGGAUGCAACAUGCGAACCGCCAGUGGACUCAGCCUCGCUACCCCUAGAGCAUCGCGGUGGUGCUUACGGACCACCGCUACAACCCGCCCACACAGAUGACCCCUGGCCCUUAACAACACCUGACAGCCCAAAAAUCAAACAUCUACAGGUUCAAUGCGAAAAGACACAUAUGCGAGUCAAUAUUGAGUUCGAUAGACCGUUUUAUGGUAUGAUAUUCUCUAAAGGAUUUUACAGCGAUCCUCAAUGUAUGCAUUUAAAGCCUGGAACCGGUCACUUAAGCGCUACAUUUGAAAUAUUCCUCAACAGUUGUGGCAUGAGCAGCUCCGCAAAUCAUAAUGUCGCCGCGUAUGGUAGCCCAACACCUAGCGGAUCGUACGUCGAAAAUACGAUAAUAGUUCAGUACGAUCCCUACGUUCAGGAAGUAUGGGACCAAGCGAGAAAAUUGAGAUGCACGUGGUACGACUUUUAUGAAAAGGCUGUCACUUUCAGACCCUUCCAAGUCGAUAUGUUGCAUGCCGUUACCGCUAACUUUCUCGGCGACAACUUGCAAUGUUGGAUGCAAAUUCAAGUCGGUAAGGGACCAUGGGCCUCCGAAGUGUCCGGUAUAGUUAAAAUUGGUCAAACGAUGACAAUGGUACUGGCUAUAAAAGACGACGAAAAUAAAUUCGACAUGCUUGUCAGAAACUGUGUAGCUCAUGACGGUAAACGUGCACCAAUACAACUUGUAGAUCAGUAUGGAUGUGUGGUUCGGCCUAAGAUCAUGAGUAAAUUCCAGAAGAUUAAGAACUUCGGUCCAUCUGCGUCUGUGGUAUCAUUUGCAUACUUCCAAGCUUUCAAAUUCCCAGAUUCUAUGAAUGUUCACUUCCAAUGUGUAAUUCAAGUUUGUAGAUACAAUUGUCCAGAACCAAAAUGCGGAGGUCUCGGCGCAGACUACGGCGUGCCUUUAUUAGGUGGAAAUACAUUGGGAGCCGGUGAAUACGCAUUAUCUGGCUCACCUCAUGGAGAAUAUGGACCUCCUCCUGCCCCACACUCUGAUUAUGGAGUACCGCCUGCGUACCCAGAUCCAAGACAUCCAGCAGAUUCCUCUGGAGCUUACUCCGAAAAACGUGACGAUGCCGUUCCGCCACCACAAGCACAAGUGUCAUCCACACCAAAUGCACCAAGUCCCUCGUCACCGGCACCCAAUCGCGAUGAAGACGAUGUAAACCUACCUCCUCCUCCACCACCGGGCCGCCGCGGUGUAUACAAUACCGUUAAAAGGAAAGAUGAAGGCCACGGGAACCUCGCCACUCUCGGAGGACGCCCACGCUCAGUCGAAGGUUUCCCUGAGACAUUAGUUGGAGUGAGAAAGAGGCGAGAGACCGCAACACCGUCUCGCAUAUACAAGAGAGAUGCACAGGAAAUGACAGACGUGAACACAAGUCGGACGAUUCAAGUAGUAGCACCAGGAGACGUUAAUUUCGCAUUAAAUAAUGCCGCUACAAAUGAAACAGUGGUAAUCCAAUCUCCAGCCACCGACCCGGAAACUAUAUGCAUGUCGGUGCCAUCGUUCGUGGCAGGUCUCGUCAUGUUAUUAUUAGUUUUGGUAGUAGCAUCUCUAGUGGCGGCAUUCCUCUUCGUGCGUGUGAGAGCAUUGGACAGGAAGGGCGCACACGGAACCGCCUACUUCGAGACCGACUACGUGAAGCAUACGAACUAACUGCGAAUAUGAGGGUGCAAACGUGGACGCGUGGACGUUCAAUGAACUCUUCUCAGAUCCAAAGAGCGAGCGAGCGUCGGCCCCGGCCGGGCGGCUGGAGCUGCCGCGGUCGCGAUCGAGGCUCGGUGACUUGUGACUUAUUUAUUUAGGGUAUUUAAUGUGUGUGAUGUUUAAUGUUCGACUGCUUUUUGUAAAUUAUUUUAUUCGUGUGUGAAACAUUUUCUGUACUGUCUUUUAUAGUCGAUAUAUGUCUGUUGUAAUUUUGUAAAGAGUCGUAAGUAAGGAAACUUAGUCCUAAGUUAUUAUACCAAUUAAAGUGUCGUGUGAGAUGAUGUAA